CGGAAAGCUUACGAGCUAGCUUCACCUGAGAUAUCACAAGAUGCUUUGGUCGGCCUGCCACGAGGUCUUGCUCCAUGUCAACUGCGAGGAUUCAGUCUCUGCCUCACCUCAGUCCAGGCGAGGUUUCCUUGCUGGAUCUUGCGGCUGAUGACCCUCGCGAUGUGGUGACCCUGUCCGACAAGGAAGCCUUGAUUUUGCAACUCUACAAUCAAAUCCAGGAACUGGAACUGGAAAAGGCACUUCUCGAACAAGAGCUGGAACCGGCUUCUGGGGACAAUCCAGAUGAGCAACUUGCAAUCGCAGAACGUGAGCUUCUCGAGGCAAGGGCCACGUACACGGUCAGGAGAAAGGCCAUCAGUACUGUCCUGAUGACUGAUCCAACAUUGAAAGCUGUUCACCUGAAAGCUACAACACCUGCUGAAAGAGCACUUUUACCCCUGGUCAACCGGCGUGAUGUGCUUUCUUUGACACAUGAGAAUCUGAUGAAUGCGCACAACGCAACUUUGAGAGAACUAUCCAAUGUGGAAGUACAAAAUCUACAGCUACACCAGAAGAAUCAAGAGCUAGUGCGGCAGCUUCUGGAGUCCACAAAGGAUGAUGAUUCAUGGAGAGAAACACUUGACGAUGACGACCUCAAGGCACAACUUGAGCAACUAGAGGCCGAUCGCAAGAAGAACAAAUCAAGAUGGGAAGUCAUGAAAAGCGUUGCAAGUGCUAUUGUUGUGGGAAGUGGAGUGAACUGGGCGGAAGACGAUGAGCUUACAGCUCUAGUUAUUGAUGAAUUUGAUGAGUGAAGGGGGAAUAGUCGCCGCAGAAAUAACGAUUUACCAUAAUUUAGUUGUACUGACUUCUCCGAUCGGCGUACUACAGCAUACUUCUUCUCUUUAAUCAUCUAAUGAUGGGCUUCUUUUUUUUUA